CGGUCUUGCCAAGAAGUGUCCCAGUGAUGCCAUGCAAUCUCAGUCGUUCGCUAUCCUCUCAAUGGAGUACCCAGGACUGCAAAACGGCUUCUAUAUUGAUGUUUGGCCAUUCAUGUAUCCAAUGUUUGUUUGCACCACUCCGCCACUCGCCGUGCAGGCCUGUCAAACCUACAAUCUGACGAAGCCAACCGGCCUCCUGGCAGGAUUUAUCAACCCAAUGGCGGGUGGAGAUAAUUUCUUCACGACCAAUGGUGCAGUGUGGAAGCGUGAUCGCGAUCUGUUCAACCACACUUUUAGCAUGGCAGCCGUGCUAGGGCAUGUAGACUACAUCCUAGAGGAAGCAGAGAUCUAUGUUGAAAUUCUUCGAGAGCAUGCCAAGAAGGGCGAUACAUUCUCCAUGGACGAUCUUGCUUGUAACUAUAUGAUGGAUGUAGUCGGCAAUGUUGCACUGAACACUCGCUUCAACUACCAAACCGGCCACAACCCCAUCGCCGCCGCAAUGCGCAGCACCAUUGAGCUCGAAUGCGGUCGAGAAGGAGAGAACAACCCCUUGCGACGCUGGAACAUUCACCGGCUGUACCGUCAAUGGCGGAACAGCCAGAUCAUGAACCACCACAUCGGCCUGGAACUCGAAAAGCGCUAUCAGGAAUACUUGCAACAAGCUCAAAAAACCACAACCCGUGGUAAAUCCAUCAUGGAUAUCGUGAUCGCCGAAUACAUGAAGAACCGACCCGCAAGCCAAACCCAGAUCUCAACCCUAGACCCCGAAUUCAAAUCCUGGGCCAUCAUCCAAAUUCGUCUCUUCCUCUUCGUCGGACACGACUCAACCGCCGUGACUAUUAUCUACUGCCUCUACCUCCUCUCCAAAUACCCCGACACCCUCGGCACGAUCCGCCAGGAACACGAACAAAUAUUCGGCCCCGAUACCACGACCGUCGCAACACAGAUCAGGGAACACCCCGAAAAGAUCAACCAAUUGUCCUACACCACCGCCGUCAUCAAGGAAGCACUCCGUCUCUUCCCCCCAGCGAACGGCAUCCGAUGGGGUCGUCCGGGCAUUUCCCUUACCGACACCCACAGCACCGAUGGACGGACCUUCCCUGUAGAUGACUGCCCCGUCUGGAUCGUGCAUACCGCUAUCCAACGGAACCCAGGGUACUGGCCCCAUGCGCACGAGUUCGUACCCAAUCGCUGGCUCGUUGAGCCGGGGCAUGAGCUCUAUCCGCCUACUGGUGGAUGGCGGCCCUUUGAGCGUGGUGCACGAGACUGUGUGGGGCAGAACAUGGCUAUGUUGGCUAUUAAAAUUACUCUGGCUAUGUUGGUGCGGGAGUUUGAUUUUGAUAGUCAGUAUGAGGAGUGGGAUCGUAAGAACCCGGCGGCUGGCGCGGUGCGGACUAUGUUUGGAGAGAGGGCAUAUAUGGUUGCCAAGGGCGCGGCGCAUCCGGCUCAAGGGUAUCCGUGUAAGGUGAGGUUGGCUGUGUAAGUGGUAUGAUUGUUUGACAUGAUAUGUACAUUAUAGGUGAUUAAGAUUGUGUCUGUAGACGAAUCAUUUGGUUGAAG